AUGACAUCUCCAAAAUCAACAUCGAACGAUGGUGAUACUAAAAUGGCUCCCGCUGAUUCAAAUGAAUCUUACAUGUUAUAUCAAAAAACUUACUUAGCAUCUAUCGAAAGAAAUCAAGUCUCCAUAUCUCGAUUCAUCCUUUUACUGUUAUAUAUCACUCAUUUCCUUAUCCCUUCAGGAUCAAAAUAUACUCAUAAAUUUAUGAAUUUACAAUAUCAACAUGAUGUUAAUUUAACCAUCAAACAUCCUUCAUCCAUAUAUGAUAUUGGAUGGGAUGAUAGUUAUAUCAUCAUUCAUGGAAUCAUCUUAUUAACCUUUUUAAGAUCAUUCCUUAUGAUCAAUGUCUUUGAACCAUUUGCAUCAAAAUUUUGUCAUAUUUAUUCAAGAAAAGCAAAAAUUAGAUUUGCUGAACAAAGUUGGCAAUUUACUUAUUAUGGUUAUUCAUUUUUAUUUGGUUUAUAUCUCUUUAUAAAAUCGCCAUAUUAUUUCAAUUUAGAUAAUGUUUAUAUUGGUUGGCCUCAUUAUCAAUUAAAAUCUGAAUUUAAACUUUAUUACCUUAUGGCAACUUCAUUCUGGUUACAACAAAUCUUUGUAUUAAAUAUUGAACAAAAAAGAAAAGAUCAUUUUCAAAUGUUUAGUCAUCAUAUUAUAACUUGUUGUUUAAUUAUUGGAUCAUAUUAUUAUUAUUUUACUAGAAUUGGUCAUUUAAUCUUAAUGAUUAUGGAUUCGGUUGAUACUAUAUUUUCAUUUGCUAAAUUAUUAAAAUAUGCUGGAUUCAAUUUCCUUUGUGAUGUAAUGUUUUUUAUAUUUUUAACCAGUUGGAUUGUGUUAAGACAUGGUGUUUAUAAUUAUUUAUUAUAUCAUGUUAUAAGCAGACAUAAAAUUUUAAUGCAAGAAAGUCAAUGUAUUGAAGGAGUUAUAAGUUUAAGAAGAUGUUGGACUGAAAAUAUAUUUAAUGUAUUUUUUGGUCUAUUAGGAGGGUUACAAAUUAUAACUUGUGUUUGGAUGUAUUUAAUUAUUAAAGUUGCUUAUAAAGUUAUAACUGGUACAGGAGCUGAAGAUGUUAGAAGUGACGAUGAAGAUGAAGAAGAAGAAGAAGAAGAAGAGGUUCCAUUAGUUAAAGAAGAUAUUGUUGUUUCUACUGAUGAAGAUGAUGAAGAAGAUGUUAAAGAAAAAGAUAAUGAAGAUAAUGAAGAAACCACUCCUAUUGAAAAGGAAUCAUCAUCAGAUGGAACUCUUGAUGAAAAGUACUAG